AUGGUCUCCCGCUUCGCCCUCUCCCGUCUCGCCCCCGCCCUCUCCCAUCCCCGUCUUUCUCCAGCUGUCUCCAGGAGGGCCUUCCGAGGCAUCCGCAGCUAUGCCACCUCCGAGAGCGACCACCAGGCCAGUCGCAUGACCGUUCGUGAUGCUCUCAAUGUAGCAAUGGAAGAGGAAAUGCUUCGCGACGAGACCGUCUUCAUCCUCGGCGAGGAGGUCGCCAGAUACAACGGCGCAUACAAGGUCACCAAGGGUCUUAUGGACAAGUUUGGCGAGAAGCGGGUCGUCGACACUCCCAUCACUGAAAUGGGUUUCGCUGGUUUGGCUGUCGGUGCCGCCAUGCAGGGUCUCCGUCCAAUCUGCGAGUUCAUGACUUUCAACUUUGCCAUGCAAGCCAUCGACCAGAUUGUCAACUCGGCGGGUAAAACAUAUUACAUGUCGGGCGGCAACGUCCCUUGCCCUGUUGUAUUCCGUGGCCCCAACGGCGCCGCUGCUGGUGUUGCUGCACAACACUCUCAAGACUAUGCCGCUUGGUAUGGCUCAAUCCCCGGACUGAAAGUCGUCAGCCCAUGGAGUGCGGAAGAUUGCAAGGGUCUUCUCAAGUCCGCUAUCCGUGACCCUAACCCGGUCGUCUUCCUCGAAAACGAAAUGUUGUACGGAGUUUCUUUCCCCAUGUCCCAAGAGGCCAUGUCAGACGACUUCCUCAUUCCUAUCGGAAAGUGCAAAGUCGAGAGAGCAGGAUCCGACGUCACCAUUGUUGCACACAGCAAGAUGGUUACUCACAGCAUGGAGGCCGCUGAGGAGUUGGCCAAAGAAGGUAUUAAUGCAGAGGUUAUUAACCUUCGCAGCAUUCGUCCUCUUGACAUCGAGACAAUCAUUAAAUCAGUCAAGAAGACAAAUCGUCUUGUGAUUGUUGAGGGUGGAUUCCCUGCUUUCGGUGUUGGUAGUGAAAUCUGCGCUCAGAUCGUUGAAAGCGAAGCUUUCGAUUACCUUGAUGCUCCCGUAGAACGCGUCACUGGUGCUGAUGUUCCCACACCUUACGCCACUAACCUCGAGGCUCUGGCUUUCCCCGAUACUCCUUUGAUCGUCAAGGUCGCAAAACGUGCUCUUUACCGCACGAACUGA